AUGUCUUCGUCGGGGACGCUCAGCAACUACUACGUGGACUCGUUCCUCCUCCACGAGACCGAGGAGCUGGUGCAGUCGCGCUACGCCGCGGCCCCCCUGGGCCAGCCGGCCAGGCAGGCGACCCUCGGCGAGCACCCCGAGUUCACCCCCUGCAGCUUCCAGUCGAAAGCGUCCGUCUUCAGCACUUCCUGGAAUGCCGUGCACCCGCCGAGCGCCAACAAUGUGCCGGCUGUCUACCACCCGUACGUGCAUCACCAGCCACCCGACGGCAGGUACAUGCGUUCGUGGCUGGAGCCGAUGCCGGCUUCCUUGUCUUUCCCCGGCUUGCCGGCCAGCAGGCAUUACGGCAUUAAACCUGAACCGCUCACGGCCAGGAGGGGUGACUGUACCACCUUUGACACGCACGCACUCUCCCUGACUGAUUAUGCUUGUGGUUCUCCUCCAGCUGAUAGGGAUAAGCCAGCCAACGACGGGGCAUUCUCGGAAAACAAUGGCGAGAGCGAGGCAAACGGAGACAAACCCCAGCUGGACCCAAAUAACCCAGCAGCAAACUGGUUACAUGCAAGAUCCACUAGGAAAAAACGUUGCCCUUACACCAAGCAUCAGACACUGGAGUUGGAGAAAGAGUUUCUCUUCAAUAUGUAUCUCACCAGGGACCGAAGGUAUGAAGUGGCCAGGCUCCUGAAUUUAACCGAGAGACAAGUGAAAAUCUGGUUCCAGAAUCGUAGGAUGAAAAUGAAGAAAAUUAACAAAGAUCGAGCAAAGGAUGAAUGA